UCCGUAGACGGGCUCUGAUUAUGUUCAAGGAUUCUGUUCUCGUGACUUGUGUGUGUGCUCUCGCGGUCGUUCAUACGAGAGCGGGACCCGGGAUUUUGGACAGUGACUGUCAGUGAGUGAGUAACUAGCUUGGAGCAAAUUCACCAGCUGUAUUCACAAAACGGUCCAUAUAUGACGUCCAUGGGGCUGAUGGAGGUGGAGCGGCCGAGGCACCGUCCUUUUCUGAUCGGGGUUAGCGGCGGGACUGCAAGUGGCAAGUCAACGGUAUGUGCCAAGAUCAUGGAAAUGUUGGGGCAGAACAAAGUGGACCAUCGUCAGCGGAAGGUGGCUAUAGUCAGCCAGGACAGUUUUUACCGGGUCCUGACUCCCGACCAGAAGGCCAAGGCGCUGAAGGGCCAAUAUAACUUUGACCACCCCGAUGCCUUUGACAACGAGUUGAUGUACCGGACCUUGAAAGACAUUGUAGAGGGGAGAGUGGUGGAGGUCCCCACAUAUGACUUUGUCACCCAUUCCAGGCUGCAGGAGAAAAUCACAGUUUACCCUGCGGACGUGGUUCUGUUCGAGGGGAUCCUGGUCUUCUACAUGCAGGAAGUGAGAGACAUGUUCCACAUGAAGCUGUUUGUGGAUACAGACUCUGACGUCAGGCUGUCACGCAGAGUAUUGCGUGACAUGAAAAGAGGUCGAGACUUGGAGCAGAUCCUCACUCAGUAUACCACGUUUGUCAAGCCGGCUUUCGAAGAAUUCUGUCUGCCUACCAAGAAGUAUGCUGAUGUCAUCAUUCCUCGAGGAGUCGACAACAUGGUGGCCAUCAACCUGAUAGUUCAGCACAUCCAGGACAUCCUGAACGGUGACAUCUGCAAGUGGCAGCGCGGGUCCCUUAACAGCCAUGCCAGGGGCUUGAAGAGGACCAUCUCAGAGCAGGGGGAGCUGGCCAACGGCAUCCCUAACCCCCCAGGGAAGAGAGCCCUACUGGAGCCCAGCAGCCGCCCGCACUGAGACAACUCUGUGUGUGUGGAAGUGUGAGUGUGCUCUGUGUGUGUGUGUAUCGUUACUGACGAGGUCUAGCUCUAUUAGCGAGGUGGGUCGCUGACACGCCUGGAGAUCACAGAACCACUCGAGGUACAGGUGCAUAGUGACACACAUCUUCCUGAGGUUGUCUUCCAUUCUGAACAACCUUCCAGCUUCGCUGGGAAGAGGUCGAUACACACCAUGGCAACUGUUUUUUCCCCAAACGAUGAUCAUAUUUGUUUUGAAUGAAUUUCGCUUUGCACUAUUUGUUUUAUAACCUGUGCGGUUCACUGUUGGUUAAAGUUCUACUAUUUAUGAAGUUACUCAAACUCUUUCAUGAAUUACCUUCUGGUUGCUUGAACAUUUAAUUCUGAAUGUAUGUAUAUAUAUAUAUAUAUAUCAGGCCAUGUACUCACUUAUCACGUUUUAAUAUUUUGUUGGGAAUGUAAAAUAUGGUAGCAUCUGCAUUGCCCUUGUGAUGUUCUGUAUAUUUAAAAGGUAAACUGAUGCCUUAAACUAUUUUUUUUUUGUAUUCUUCCAAAAAAUUUAAACUAAUAAAUACUUAAUGCGUUAA